GUGUCAAGAACGGUGGCAUUAUUAUUAUGGAUUUUUACGCAGUGAUCUUUGGUUUUGAACUGUCGAUUUUUGUUCCUUUUAUGUACGUUUUUUAAAUUUAAAGAAGCAAAAAUAACUUCAAUGGACACAUGGAAACGUGUGCGGGACUUAGGACGAGAAGUUCGAACCUUGUUGUCAUUAGUUGAGUAGUUUAACGCAGCGUUUGGAAGUCAUGGAGAGGGGCGUUUUGGGGUUCAUUCGGGCUCUGGGACGUCUCCUUUUGCUUUUGUCUUGGCUGUCAUGUAAAGAUGGACUAUUUAAAGUUAGCGCAGUCACCCUCCCAGAGUCCCUGCUGUUUGUGUCCACGCUGGAUGGGAGCCUGCACGCAGUGUCCAAACAGUCUGGGGACAUCAAGUGGACACUCAGAGAAGACCCUGUCAUCCAGGUGCCAGUCUACCUGACAGAGUCUGGUUUUCUCCCAGACCCAAACGACGGCAGUUUGUACAUCCUGGGAGGCAAGCACAAAGAAGGGCUGGUUAAACUCCCCUUCACCAUUCCAGAGCUGGUGCAGUCGGCUCCUUGUAGAAGUUCGGACGGAAUAUUAUAUACAGGUAAAAAGCUAGACAUGUGGUUUGUGGUGGAUCCAGAGACUGGUGAAAAACAAACCAGUCUAACCACUGGGUCGUCGGAGUCCAUCUGCCCCAACACCCCCCUGCUCUACAUCGGCCGAACAGAGUAUAUGGUGACCAUGUUUGACACCAAGACCCAGGAGCUGCGGUGGAAUGCUACCUACAACGACUACUCUGCCCCUGCGUAUGACGAGAAACAGGACUACAAAAUGGCCCACCUUGUAUCCAGUGGUGAUGGACUCGUAGUGACAGUGGACAGAGAGACAGGUGACGUGCUGUGGAGUCAGAACUAUGGUUCUCCUGUGGUGGGUGUGUACCUGUAUUCUGGAGAUUCUCUUAGACACGCCCCUCACCUGUCCCUCGCCAUGGAAACACUGCGUUUUCUCACCUUCUCCUCUGCGAACGAGCGAGCAGACCCCUACUCCAGCCUCAAGUGGAGCUAUCAGUUUGUGAAGGAGCAGGCCAGUGCACAGACUCAGCUGGUACCUACUCUUUAUGUUGGAAAAAUGGACUCUCACCUCUACGCCUCUACCUCUCUUGUCCAUCAUGGAGUCUCAUUAGUUCCUCGUGGAGUGACCCUGGCGCGUAUAGAAGGACCUCUGACAGAAGAGGUGACAGUGAGAGAAAGAGGGGAGUGUGAGAUUACUCCCUCCACAGAUGUGCGCUACCCCCCCGGGAGCACCACCAGCCCCAAGAACCACUGGUUGCUCAUAGGUCACCAUGAGCUACCUCCUCUGGCUCACACCACCAUGCUGAGAGACUUCCCUGGUGGUUUGCAGCGCUUUGGAGAGGCCGUGAUCCCCCCUCGAAAGCCCUCUCCUGCCUCUUCCUCCUCCUACUAUGACCAGCGCUAUUUUGAGAGCUCAGCAGAUAGCUCCAGUGACCCUCGCUUACAGAGGGGAGCAGGCCCAGCAGAGAGCCCAGGGAAGGCCCCCCCUCGGGUGGCUGUGCUGCCUGUCUUCAUGACCCAGGACCACCUCACCCUGGCUGUGCUCACCCUGCUGCUGGGAGGGUGGCUGGCCUUUGCCUUUUCCUACCCCUUUCGUGCAGCCCUGCACAUGAAGGCUCAGAGACAGCUGGAGCAGGCCUGGGAGUCUCGCCUGCAGAGGAUCCAGAGCACCAUCCACACAGCCCCCCUAAGCUCCUCGGCCACCCCCAUUGCUCAGGAGGCCAACCUCUCCACAGACUUUCCUGGGGUUUCUCCAGAGCCUGUUCCCAGCUCUCAAAGCCGCUGUAGCUCCACAUCAGAGGUGGACACAAACGACACCAACCACAGUUCUACUGUCAAUAAUCACCAUGGCAACCACUCCAACCAUCUCAAUAAUAAUAAUAAUGGGGGCGACAGUGAGAAGGUCCAGGUGGGAAAGAUCUCAUUCAGCCCAUCUGAUGUCCUGGGACACGGGACAGCCGGGACGUUUGUCUUCAGAGGUCGGUUUGAUGGGAGGCACGUGGCUGUGAAGAGGAUCCUGCCCGAAUGUCUGGAGGUGGCAGAGAGAGAGGUGCAACUGCUCAGGGAGUCGGACACGCAUCCAAACGUCAUCCGAUACUUCUGCACAGAGAGGGACCGCCUCUUCACCUACAUCGCCAUAGAGCUUUGUGCCGCCACACUACAACAGUAUGUAGAAAACCCAUCUGCUUUUCCAGACCUGAGUCCAAUCUGCUUACUGGAACAAACCAUGUGUGGCCUGUCGCACCUGCACUCCCUAAAUAUAGUUCACCGGGACCUGAAGCCCAGAAACAUCCUGCUGUCUGGCCCCAGUGCGGUGGGCCGGGUGCGGGCUCUCAUCUCGGACUUCGGCCUGUGUAAGAAGAUCCAAGAUGGCCGCUGCAGCUUCUCCCUCCGCUCGGGGAUACCAGGGACUGAAGGCUGGAUCGCACCAGAGGUUCUAAGGGACACGCCGGGAAAUAAACCAACAGCAGCUGUGGACGUGUUCUCGGCGGGCUGUGUCUUCUACUACGUGGUCAGUGGGGGGCAGCACCCAUUUGGAGAUGCUCUGCGGAGGCAGGUCAACAUCCUGUCUGGAGAAUAUGCCCUCACUUACUUCAAAGAGGAAACAAAUAAUGAUGUGAUCGCACGGGACCUGAUCGAGCAGAUGAUCAGCCCUGACCCAGUGGUGCGGCCCUCCACAGCCUGUGUGCUCAAGCACCCCUUCUUCUGGACGCCCGAGAAACAGCUGCUCUUCUUCCAGGAUGUUAGUGACCGUAUAGAAAAAGAGCCCUCUGACAGCCCCAUAGUGGUCAGACUGGAGACUGCAAGUCGAUCUGUGGUCCGAACCAACUGGAGGAUGCACAUCUCAGUGUCUCUGCAGACAGACCUGAGACGCUUCAGAACUUAUAAAGGAAACUCAGUGAGAGACCUGCUCAGAGCCAUGAGGAAUAAGAAACACCAUUACCACGAACUGCCGCGGGAGGUCCAGGAGACUCUGGGCGAGCUCCCAGAAGGCUUUGUAUCUUACUUCACCUGUCGCUUCCCACGCUUACUCAUGCACACUCACACUGCCCUGGGGGUGUGUGCCCACGAGAGGCUCUUCCAACCUUACUACCUGAGCCCUACCACCUGAGCCCUAUCCUACUGCCUGUGCCUUACUCUACCCACUAUGCCCUACUCCCUCACCCUACUCCCCCACCCCCCACCCUCCUCCCUUAACACUGCACCAUGAACUCUGCCCCACGUGCCCUACUAUUGUACUCUUCCAACUGAGCCCUACUCACUGAGCCCCACCCUCUGAUCCUGACUACCCUACCUCACUGCCUGAACCCUUACAUUGGAAUUUUGACAUCUUCAGAGUCCUCCCCCUGAGCCCUCCUCUCCAUACGCUACUCCCUGUACCCUACUCCCUGUACCCAACUCUGUGUACCCUAGCCCCACUGACAAAAUGUUUGCAGAAUUCUAGUGCACACGUGCACAGAGGCUCACAUAAAUACAAAGGUCAUUCAUAUGCAGUACAGUAUAAACCAUUUCAUUUAUUGUAUUCACUGAAUUAUACACCAUAGUCCAAAGUGAUAAAGCAGUAUGAGAUAAAAUAUGUAAAAUUUCAAAUAUUAAUCUUGAGUUGACUAGUUUUGCCCAGUUUUUAUAUACAUAUAUACACAUACACACACACACACACACACACACACAUAUAUACAUACAUACACACAUAUACAUAAUUUCGGACAACUUUCAAUAUCCGGAGAUGCACCAAUACAAAUAUUAGUCUGUAUGGAGUUCGAUUUUUUGUCCUAUCCAGAAAAAUGCAUUCGUUGGUCUAGGUACACACUUUAUAGUAACUACAGUAUUCACCGCCUUAAUAAAGCAUGAACUAAGACUUAAUUAAUAAUGAACAAAAAGAAUGAUGAAGACUGAGUAACUACUUAAUUAAUCCCCUAAUCUUAACACCUACGACCUUGAUUAAAUAAGGAGGGCCUGAAUCAUUCUUAACAAAUUAUUCACUCAUUAGAAAUUAAGUCUUUGUUCAUGCUUUAUUAAGGCGUGUGUAUGUUGCCAGUGCUUCAUAGAGGACACAUGCAGCCUUUUCUCAGUAUAUGUACUAGCCCUGCCUCAGGAGAAGCUCAGAACCUCCAGAAUUCACUCACUGAGCUGCAGAGGCUGCACCAGCACUGACACAUUUGCUGGGGUUUAAGCAGUGAGGAUUCAAAGCAGAUACUUUUAGAAAAACUAGAUUUCAGCAUUGAAACUGGCAAUCCAGACGACAGACUCAUGCGAGGCUCAUUCUGCUUUCUGAUUGGAUAAUUGUCCAAAACACCAAAUUAUUAUAAUUUAAUUAUAAUUGUUCUAAAUAAAAGAUGAUUUGAAUAUGUCUACUUCAUAUCUGGGGACACAGGCAGAUCAAGUUUAUGAAGUUUUAAAUUAAAAUCUCGCACACAGUUCCUUUCAUAUUUCUCAUUAGUUUGAUAUGUUCACUUGACAGACAGACACCCAAAAUCCAAUUGUCAAUAUCAGAGUUGGGACUGAAAAAAGUUUGAUUGGUGCAUCUCUAAAUAUACAAUUUUAGUAGAAUUUAAAAGACUUAUGAUUACAACUUUGUUAUAGUGGGCUCUAACGUUGCACAGUCACAUCAUGAAAUCUAAACUAGUCAAACUUAGCUUCAUAUUUGGAAUUCAGGUAUUUUUAAUCAAGUAUUUUUAGUAUUUUUGAAAUCAGAUUUUCACAUAGUUUGAUUUGCAAUGACUAUGAUUAGUCAAGAGUUAUUCCGUUAUCACUAUGCUAGACUUACAUACUGCAUUCAAAUGUACCAGUUAUGUAUUUGUGUGAAUGGACAAGUUUACUGAAGGUACUGAAGGUAGCUACACUGGCUCGUAUUACACACAAAAUAAACUAUUUACAACUAUUUAUUCAAACUUCACAUAUUGGUCGUGAAGAUUUUCUAAUUUGAGAAUUAUUUUAACAUUUGGCACAAUUGUAUUUUGUCAGUAUAUUAUCGACUACUGUGAGGCAACGCUGCUCCCAGAAUGAAGAUCUGCUAUAGACUGUAAUAUACUUUUGUACUUUUGUAGAAUGAGU